AUGUUUCACCAGGUGCGUGUUACGGAAGAAGAGUGUGAUGCUUUAAGAUUUCUAUGGUGGCCAGGUGGUGACAUCAUACAUCAGCCAAAGUGCUAUCGUAUCAAGGUACAUUUGUUUGGAGCUACAUCAUCACCCAGUUGUGCAGCAUAUGCCUUAAAGCGUACUGCAACCGACAAUCCCCGUUUAUUUGAAAAGGAAGUGGUUUCUACAGUAGAACGAGAUUUUUAUGUCGAUGAUUGUCUGAAGUCUGUAGAAACGGAUGAUAAAGCUAUCAUGCUGGCUACAGAUCUGCAAACACUAAUGAAGUUAGGCGGAUUCCGACUUACGAAGUGGUUAAGUAACAGUAGGGCUGUACUGAACGCUAUUCCAGAAUCUGAACUCGCACCAUCUGUCGUCAGUCUGAGUCUAGACGAAACUUUACCAUGUAAUCGAGCACUUGGUGUGCAAUGGAAUGUUAACGACGACAGAAUCCAGAUUAAAGUCAAGCUGUCCGAUAAGCCACACACGAGACGCGGCAUUCUAUCAGUUGUAAGUUCAAUAUACGACCCACUGGGACUCGUCUCGCCCGUUACACUUCAAGCUAAAGCAAUAAUACAGAGCCUGUGCAGACUGAAGAUCGGCUGGGAUGACCAGAUACCACAGAGAAUCAACAAUGAAUGGCAUACCUGGCUAUCAACCUUACCUUGUCUGGAGAAAGUGCCUGUAAACCGCUGUUUCCGACCAAGUGACUGUGUUAAAUCUACGGAACUGCAUAUAUUUAGUGAUGGAUCCGAAACCGCCUAUAGAGCCUGUGCUUACAUUCGAUUUGUUGAUACCUAUGACAAUGUAACGUGUUCUCUAUUCAUAGGAAAAUCUGGUUUAGCCCCGAUCAAACAGAUGUCUAUACCACGUCUUGAGUUAUCCGGAUCUGUUGUCGCUUGUCGUAUUUAUGCGAUGUUGUCCGAUGAACUAGAUAUAAAGAUUGAUCAAGUUACCUUCUGGACUGAUUCCAUGAUCGUAUUAGGAUACAUAAAGAACGUAUCAAAACGGUUCAAGACAUUCGUUGGCAACAGACUCAGCAUUAUACAUAAUACUACCUCACCAGACCUGUGGCGCCAUAUUGACACAAAGUCGAAUCCCGCAGAUAUAGCUUCAAGGGGCAUACAUGCGAAUGACACUAAGAAUCUAUAUAUUUGGCUAAAUGGACCAGAUUUUCUAAGAAAAGAUCAUACUCAGUGGCCACAGAAUCAGCUUGCACCGGAAGUAACCGGCAAUGAUACAGAAGUGAAGAGAGAAGUCAAGAUAAACAUCACAAUGACUAAUAGAAGUCCAGAUGAUAUCAUUGACCGCUACUCAAAUUGGACUAAACUUAGAAGAGCAGUCGCGUGGUUACUUAGAUACAAGGUAUUUUGCAGACAGAAAUUAUACUUAAAUCACGAACUUGACAUGGAAGAAAGAAACAUAACAUAA